AUGAGGUGCACUCAGUUAAUAUGUGUGAUUUUGAGUGUAACUGUGGCAGGUACUCAUGGGAGACCAAAUGCUCAGCGCGAGGACCGUGUGGCACUUGCUAUAGACGUACUGGAAUUAGAUAAAGAUCUUGAUGUACUGAUGAGAGACGUAGGAGAUGGAUUUGGUGGCAUUGGACCGAUUGGAUAUGCUCCACUGAAUAAUCCGUACUUCGAUGGUGGGUCUGAUUACUCAGAUGAUGUUGAUUACUCCGGGAACGAAUUUGAUGAUGACGAAUACACGGGGGUCGGCGGUCAGGACGUCGGAUCUGGUGUAACGAAAACUUCAACAUCAACGACCACAUCAACAUCGUCGAAAGGAGGCAGUUCAGGAUCUUCAUACGGCUCUAGUGGAGGAUCGACAGCCAGUGCGGGUGGUGCAAGUGCGGCAGGAGGAGCCAGUGCCGGUGCGGCUGGAGCAUCCGGUGCGAGUGCAGCUGGCGCAGCUGGAGCAUCCAGUGCGGGUGCAGCAGCGCGGCUGGAGCAUCCGGUGCAAGUUCAGCUGGCGCAGCCGGUUCCAGUGCAGCUGGAGCAUCCGGUGCGGGUGCAGCAGGCGCGUCUGGUUCCAGCGCGGCUGGAGCAUCCGGUGCAAGUUCAGCUGGCGCAGCCGGUUCCAGUGCAGCUGGCGCAGCUGGUUCCAGUGCAGCAGGAGCAGCUGGUGCCAGUGCAGCAGGCGCAGCCGGUGCCGGUGCGGCAGGAGCAGCUGGUUCGAGUGCAGCAGGAGCAGCCGGUGCAGGUGCAGCAGGGGCAGCUGGUGCGGGUGCGGCAGGCGCAGCCGGUGCCGGUGCGGCAGGUGCAGCUGGUUCAAGUGCAGCAGGAGCAGCUGGUGCCGGUGCAGCAGGAGCAGCCGGUGCAGGUGCAGCAGGAGCAGCUGGUGCGGGUGCAGCAGGGGCAGCUGGUGCGGGUGCGGCAGGCGCAGCCGGUGCCGGUGCGGCAGGAGCAGCUGGUUCGAGUGCAGCAGGAGCAGCUGGUGCCGGUGCGGCAGGAGCAGCCAGUGCAGGUGCAGCUGGUGCGGGUGCGGCAGGCGCAGCCGGUGCCGGAGCGGCAGGAGCAGCUGGUGCGGGUGCGGCAGGCGCAGCAGGUGCAUAUGGAGCUGGCGGAGCCGGUGCAGGUGCAGCUGGAGCAGCUGGUGCAUACGGAGCUGGCGCAGCCGGUGUUGGAGCAGCAGGAGCAGCUGGAGCAUACGGAGCAGGAGCAGCUGGUGCGUACGGAGCUGGCGCAGCUGGUGCUGGUGCAGCAGGAGCAGCUGGUGCGUACGGAGCUGGCGGAGCUGGUGCCGGUGCAGCAGGAGCAGCUGGUGCAUACGGAGCUGGAGCAGCCGGUGCUGGUGCAGCAGGAGCAGCUGGUGCAUAUGGAGCUGGCGCAGCCGGUGCUGGUGCGGCCGGAGCAGCAGGUGCGUACGGAGCUGGCGCAGCCGGUGCUGGUGCAGCAGGAGCAGCUGGUGCGGGUGCAGCAGGAGCAGCAGGUGCGGGUGCAGCUGGAGCAUCCGGUGCGGGUGCAGCAGGCGCAGCUGGUUCCAGUGCAGCUGGCGCAGCCGGUGCCGGUGCGGCGGGAGCAGCAGGUGCCAGUGCAGCAGGAGCGGCUGGUGCCGGUGCAGCAGGAGCAGCAGGUGCGGGUGCAGCUGGAGCAUCCGGUGCGGGUGCAGCAGGCGCAGCUGGUUCCAGUGCAGCUGGCGCAGCCGGUGCCGGUGCGGCGGGAGCAGCAGGUGCCGGUGCAGCAGGAGCGGCUGGUGCCGGUGCAGCAGGAGCAGCAGGUGCGGGUGCAGCUGGAGCAUCCGGUGCGGGUGCAGCAGGCGCAGCUGGUUCCAGUGCAGCUGGCGCAGCCGGUGCCGGUGCAGCUGGAGCGGCAGGUGCGGGUGCAGCUGGAGCAUCCGGUGCGGGUGCAGCAGGCGCAGCUGGUUCCAGUGCAGCUGGCGCAGCCGGUGCCGGUGCAGCUGGAGCAGCUGGUGCUGGUGCGGCGGGCGCAGCCGGUGCCGGUGCAGCAGGAGCAGCUGGUGCAUACGGAGCUGGCGCAGCCGGCGCUGGUGCAGCGGGAGCAGCUGGUGCAUACGGAGCUGGCGCAGCCGGCGCUGGUGCAGCGGGAGCAGCUGGUGCAUACGGAGCUGGCGCAGCCGGUGCUGGAGCAGCAGGAGCAGCUGGAGCAUACGGAGCAGGAGCAGCUGGUGCAUACGGAGCUGGAGCAGCCGGUGCUGGUGCGGCCGGAGCAGCAGGUGCAUACGGAGCUGGCGCAGCCGGUGCUGGUGCGGCAGGAGCAGCUGGUGCAUACGGAGCUGGCGCAGCCGGUGCUGGUGCGGCCGGAGCAGCAGGUGCGUACGGAGCUGGCGCAGCCGGUGCUGGAGCAGCAGGAGCAGCUGGAGCAUACGGAGCAGGAGCAGCUGGUGCCGGUGCGGCAGGUGCAGCUGGUGCAUACGGAGCUGGCGCAGCCGGUGCUGGUGCGGCAGGAGCAGCUGGUGCGUACGGAGCUGGCGCAGCCGGUGCUGGAGCAGCAGGAGCAGCUGGAGCAUACGGAGCAGGAGCAGCUGGUGCCGGUGCAGCAGGUGCAGCUGGUGCAUACGGAGCUGGCGCAGCCGGUGCUGGUGCAGCAGGAGCAGCUGGUGCUUACGGAGCUGGCGCAGCCGGUGCUGGUGCAGCGGGAGCAGCUGGUGCAUACGGAGCUGGCGCAGCCGGUGCUGGAGCAGCAGGAGCAGCUGGAGCAUACGGAGCAGGAGCAGCUGGUGCAUACGGAGCUGGCGCAGCCGGCGCUGGUGCAGCGGGAGCAGCUGGUGCAUACGGUGCUGGCGCAGCCGGAGCAGCUGGUGCAUACGGAGCGGGAGCAGCUGGUGCAUACGGAGCUGGCGCAGCCGGUGCUGGUGCGGCAGGAGCAGCUGGUGCAUACGGAGCUGGCGCAGCCGGUGCUGGUGCAGCGGGAGCAGCUGGUGCAUACGGAGCUGGCGCAGCCGGCGCUGGUGCAGCGGGAGCAGCUGGUGCAUACGGAGCGGGAGCAGCUGGUGCAAGUGCAGCCGGAGCGUCCGGUGCAGGUGCAGCAGGCGCAGCCGGUGCAGGUGCAGCAGGAGCAGCUGGUGCCGGUGCGGCAGGAGCAGCUGGUGCGGGUGCCGCAGGCGCAGCUGGUGCUGGUGCAGCAGGAGCAGCAGGUGCGGGCGCAGCAGGCGCAGCUGGUGCAUACGGAGCUGGAGCAGCUGGUGCAUACGGAGCUGGCGCAGCCGGUGCCGGUGCAGCGGGAGCAGCUGGUGCAUACGGAGCUGGAGCAGCCGGUGCUGGUGCAGCAGGAGCAGCUGGUGCAUACGGAGCUGGCGCAGCCGGUGCCGGUGCAGCGGGAGCAGCUGGUGCAUACGGAGCUGGCGCAGCCGGUGCCGGUGCAGCAGGAGCAGCAGGUGCCGGUGCAGCAGGAGCAGCAGGUGCGGGCGCAGCAGGAGCAGCUGGUGCAUACGGAGCUGGCGCAGCCGGCGCUGGUGCAGCGGGAGCAGCUGGUGCAUACGGAGCUGGCGCAGCUGGUGCUGGUGCAGCAGGAGCAGCUGGUGCAUACGGAGCUGGCGCAGCCGGUGCCGGUGCAGCAGGAGCAGCUGGUGCGGGUGCAGCGGGAGCAGCUGGUGCCGGUGCAGCAGGAGCAGCUGGUGCCGGUGCGGCAGGAGCAGCAGGUGCGGGUGCAGCGGGAGCAGCUGGUGCCGGUGCAGCAGGAGCAGCAGGUGCAGGUGCAGCGGGAGCAGCUGGUGCCGGUGCAGCAGGAGCGGCAGGUGCCGGUGCAGCAGGAGCAGCUGGUGCGGGUGCAGCGGGAGCAGCUGGUGCCGGUGCAGCAGGAGCAGCAGGUGCGGGCGCAGCAGGAGCAGCUGGUGCAUACGGAGCUGGCGCAGCCGGCGCUGGUGCAGCGGGAGCAGCUGGUGCAUACGGAGCUGGCGCAGCUGGUGCUGGUGCAGCAGGAGCAGCUGGUGCAUACGGAGCUGGCGCAGCCGGUGCUGGUGCAGCGGGAGCAGCUGGUGCAUACGGAGCUGGAGCAGCCGGUGCUGGUGCAGCAGGAGCAGCUGGUGCAUACGGAGCUGGAGCAGCCGGUGCUGGUGCAGCAGGAGCAGCUGGUGCAUACGGAGCUGGCGCAGCCGGUGCCGGUGCAGCAGGAGCAGCAGGUGCGGGUGCAGCGGGAGCAGCUGGUGCGUACGGAGCUGGCGCGGCCGGUGCUGGUGCAGCAGGAGCAGCUGGUGCAUACGGAGCAGGAGCAGCUGGCGCAUACGGAGCUGGCGCAGCUGGCGCUGGUGCAGCAGGAGCUGCUGGUGCAUACGGAGCAGGAGCAGCUGGUGCAUACGGAGCUGGCGCAGCCGGAGCAGCAGGUGCAUACGGAGCAGGAGCAGCCGGCGCAUACGGAGCUGGCGCAGCCGGUGCCGGUGCAGCGGGAGCAGCCGGUGCAUACGGAGCUGGAGCAGCCGGUGCUGGUGCAGCAGGAGCAGCUGGUGCAGGUGCAGCAGGAGCGUCCGGUGCGGGUGCAGCAGGCGCAGCCGGUGCAGGUGCAGCAGGAGCGGCUGGUGCUGGUGCGGCAGGAGCAGCUGGUGCGGGUGCCGCAGGAGCAGCUGGUGCAUACGGGGCUGGCGCAGCCGGUGCUGGUGCAGCAGGAGCAGCUGGUGCAUACGGAGCUGGCGCAGCUGGAGCAGCUGGUGCAUACGGAGCUGGCGCAGCCGGUGCUGGUGCAGCAGGAGCAGCUGGUGCAUACGGAGCAGGAGCAGCUGGCGCAUACGGAGCUGGCGCAGCUGGCGCUGGUGCAGCAGGAGCAGCUGGUGCAUACGGAGCAGGAGCAGCUGGUGCAUACGGAGCUGGCGCAGCCGGUGCGUACGGAGCUGGAGCCGCCGGUGCAGGUGCAGCGGGAGCAGCUGGUGCAUACGGAGCUGGCGCAGCCGGUGCUGGUGCAGCAGGAGCAGCUGGUGCGGGUGCAGCAGGAGCAGCUGGUGCCGGCGCGGCAGGAGCAGCUGGCGCAGGUGCUGCAGGCGCAGCCGGUGCCGGUGCAGCAGGAGCAGCAGGUGCGGGUGCAGCAGGAGCAGCAGGUGCGGGUGCAGCAGGAGCAGCUGGUGCUGGCGCGGCAGGAGCAGCUGGCGCAGGUGCUGCAGGCGCAGCCGGUGCCGGUGCAGCAGGAGCAGCAGGUGCGGGUGCAGCAGGAGCAGCUGGCGCAUACGGAGCUGGCGCAGCCGGCGCUGGUGCAGCAGGAGCAGCCGGUGCGGGUGCAGCAGGAGCAGCUGGUGCCGGCGCAGCAGGAGCAGCUGGUGCAUACGGAGCUGGCGCAGCUGGUGCCGGUGCAGCAGGCGCAGCCGGUGCUGGUGCCGCAGGAGCAGCUGGUGCAUACGGAGCAGGAGCGGCCGGUGCAUACGGAGCCGGCGCAGCUGGUGCCGGUGCAGCAGGAGCAGCCGGUGCAUACGGAGCCGGCGCAGCCGGUGCCGGUGCAGCGGGAGCAGCCGGCGCAUACGGAGCUGGCGCAGCCGGUGCUGGUGCAGCAGGAGCAGCUGGUGCAUACGGAGCUGGCGCAGCCGGUGCUGGUGCAGCAGGAGCCGCAGGUGCAUACGGAGCUGGCGCAGCCGGUGCUGGUGCAGCAGGAGCAGCUGGUGCAUACGGAGCAGGAGCAGCUGGUGCAUACGGAGCAGGAGCAGCUGGUGCGUACGGAGCUGGCGCAGCCGGUGCUGGUGCAGCAGGAGCAGCUGGUACAUACGGAGCAGGAGCAGCUGGUGCGUACGGAGCUGGCGCAGCCGGUGCUGGUGCAGCAGGAGCAGCUGGUGCAUACGGAGCAGGAGCAGCUGGUGCAUACGGAGCAGGCGCAGCCGGUGCCGGUGCAGCAGGAGCAGCCGGUGCCGGUGCAGCAGGAGCAGCCGGUGCUGGUGCAGCAGGAGCAGCUGGUGCGGGUGCAGCGGGUGCAGCUGGUUCCGGUGCAGCAGGAGCAGCUGGUGCAGGUGCAGCAGGAGCGGCCGGUGCGGGUGCGGCAGGAGCGGCUGGUGCGGGUGCAGCAGGCGCAGCAGGUUCGGGUGCAGCAGGCGCAGCCGGUGCCGGUGCAGCAGGAGGAGCUAGUUCUGGUGCAGCAGGAGCAGCUGGUUCGGGUGCAGCAGGAGGAGCUAGUGCUGGUGCAGCAGGAGCAGCUGGUGCGAGUGCAGCAGGAGGAGCCAGUUCUGGUGCAGCAGGAGGAGCCAGUUCUGGUGCAGCAGGAGGAGCCAGUUCUGGUGCAGCAGGAGGAGCCAGUUCUGGUGCAGCAGGAGGAGCCAGUGGUGGUGCAGCCGGAGGUGGAUCAUCGUCGUCCGAAACCUCCACCUCAGUCACAGAACAGUCCACUGCAGCCGGUGCAGCAGGAUCGGAAUCAAAUCUGUCCCAUGCUGCAGGAUGUGGCGCACAUCAUCACCACCAUCACCAUAUUCCAAAGGAAUAUUAUUAUGAACCUCACAUGGCAUUCGCAUAGAUUCAUUUACCACCAUUGAUACUUUAUUGAAUCUGUAUUUGUACCUACGUUCAGACCCACGUGAACGAAAACUUCUGGGCAUUCACUGUAUCAGUCAAUUUCUGAUUUCAUACUUUGAUUCUACAUUGAACGUUCUCCCUGUUAUAUAAUAAUGUUAUCAGAUCCUAACGUUUUAUAAGUCAUGAACUGUUACACUGAAGCUCAUCAGUUCACGAAAAUUCUUCCUUAACUCUACAUAUACCUUUAAUUUUGUUUUUGUUCGAAUUUAUAUAAUUAAUCCGUCAUGUUUAUAGUCAUCAAUUACCCAUCGUGGGCUAGAAAUAGACGAUCUCAUGUGCAUUGUCCUAAAAUCUUUAUCCAAUUAGUUUCUAGUGUUAGUAUAUUAGAGAAAUCGUGCACAUAAAUAAAUGUUAUUCCUUCAACGCAACCUAAUAUAUCUGAUUACAAGAAUAAAUAUUCACCCGCAUAUCA